AUGGACUUCGACACCCUCGCUGACAAGGUGGAAGCCUUGCAGUUGGAACUUGAAUUUGCUUAUGAACUUUGUGACCAAGCAAACAUUCAAUUUGACAAGUACCGCACCGAACUGUACGAACUCACCAAGUCUCUAGAAUCUGAACGGGAAAAGGCCGCCAGAGCGCAACGGUUACUGGUAGAGGAGCGAGGUAAAUGUGCAACCCUCGAGGCACGGGCUAAGAAUCUCAAAGUCAGCUUGGAAAACGAGUUUGUUCAUGUCGCCAAACUUCAAGCAAGACUUAACACCGAGACGGCAUCUUUAAAAGCCAUGAAUAAGCAGGCUCGGAAGGUGGAGGAGAAGCUGAUUGAUACUCAGCUUGAUCUAGAGUAUCUCAGGUGCACCACAAGGGUCGAGCCACCACACGACCCUAUGGCCACCCUCGCACAAGAUUUUCCUCUGCCGGCACAACCAUUUGUUGUUGUGUUGAUAGAUGGCGAUGCCUACCUCUGGGCUUCAAAUAUCUCCGGCUAUGGUAGUCCGCAAGCUGGCGCUUCGGCAGUCAGCCACGUCGAGGGUCCCGGCCCAGGUGCCAUCGCCGCUACAAGCAUCCGCAAUGAAGUCAUCAAGUACAUCUUGAAUCAGAAUGGGACUAUCCCAAUAGCAUCCAAGGUCGUCACUCGCGUUUUCCUCAACUUUGGGAGUGGGAGUCGAUUAGGCAUGGUACACACCCGGCGUCGAAGUGUUCCCCCGGGUGUGAGUGCAGCCGAUUUUGCGGUUCAGUUCACCGAGAAAAUCCCAUUGUUCGAUUUCUUCGAUGCCGGAAGAGGGAAGGAGAGGGCAGACGACAAAAUUAGAGAAAACUUCCACCUCUAUCUCUCAACGCCGAAUUGUCACGCAAUAUUUGUCGCUGCCUGCCUCGAUAAUGGAUUUGCUCGGAUGCUUGAGCAGUAUAGUGACCAUCCGGUGGCUCGUCAAAAGAUCGUCCUCGUCUCGCCCGGCUACGUCGCAUUCGAGAUACAGAAAUUAGCGCUCAAAGUGGUAGAGUGGCCGAGCGUAUUUGCUGCGCGAACGAUGCCGGCAAAUGCUGCUGCACGGCAUGAGAAAGAGACGCUAAAACUCCAAACGCAGAGAGCAGGCACCCAGCGCAGUGCGUCUACACCGGCAAUAAGUUCUGGGGAGACACAAUCCUAUCUCCCACCCAGGUUGUUGGACCUGAUACCUCUGUGGAAUCCUGACGUAGGGAUGAGCAAGGCUUCAAAUGGGGUCGGCUUUAGGGUCCAGCAAACAACAGGCGCUGUCGUAGAGCGUCUUGAUCUUGCACAGAUGAUCGACACUGUUGAGGACAUUGACUGA